CCCAAAAUCAACGGCAUUCAACCCAUAUAAAUUUGGUAUGGCUUUUCUUAUAUUCCUCGGUGUCUUGCCAGUAAACUGCUUGCAGAUAUCUUCAUGACUGGUUUGUACAAGUACAAUUUUCUGCCAACGAUCGUUUGCGAGGUCGCUCCCUACCUGACCACUGUUAAUAUCCAUUAUAAUGGAGGUAUCAUAUCUGUCGAUCGGAUUGGCGCAUCUUCCGGUUGGACAAGCAGUUCAGAUUUUCCUGUAUCUCAGUGGAUCGCGAGUCUAAUGGGUUAUCAAAGGGCGGCAAACCAAGCCACAAGCACGAGUAUAAUUGGUGACUUUUUGACCGCAUAUGGUUCGAGCGAUCCAUCAGUGAUGUACAACGGACUUGAAGAUUACUGGCGCGGUAUUGCGGAAUUCUCCUCUACUCAACUUCGAUCCGGAUACUCUGCCUUGGGAGUUCCGUCGAAUAUGACAAGGUCGACAAACGGCACUAUGUAUAUCAGGACUUACGGCUGGCAAAGCCAAUCCUACACGUAUAUAUUUCUGCUUGUGAUGCUCACCACAAUCUGGGGUGCCACCAUAUUGGCCGCCGGCUACAGCCUCAUGCAAAAAAAAACCACUGCCUCCAAUCAAUCUUUCGACUUUUUUAAUCCCAUUGAUCUUAUCAUCGCGGCAUCUGACGGAAGACUUGAACCGCAACGUUGCGACUACGACGAAGGCCAAGAAGACCACUGUUGGGAUGACAUCACUGUUCGCUUUGAAGAUGUAACUGGUGAAAUGAGGAGGAGAAUUCCCAAGAGACUGGUGGUUGCCACAGAUGGCGACCCCUUGACAGAGCACGUAGUUUGA